AUGAAGGAUUCUGAGAAAUGUUCCAACUCAAACGGUAUUGAAUCCGCUGUUUUUCAAGGGUUAGAAGCUAGAAAAGUUGGGCAAAAUAGAAGAGCUUUGGGUGUGAUUAAUCAGAAUAUGAUACCUAACAAGAGGGCUGUAUCAGAAAGAAAUGAAGUUUGUGAAAAGAAACAAGUGGAUCCGGUUCAUCGACCCAUCACUCGGAGGUUUGCGGCUAAAAUUGCUAGCACACAGAAACUUAAGGCUGAGGGGACUAACAAAAGGUCGAACUUGACGAAUUCGAAUGGAUUUGGAGAUUGUAUAUUUGUUGAUGAUGAACAUAAGCUGGUGGAAGACCAACCAGUGCCAAUGGCUUUAGAGAAAACUGAACCAACGCGAAACGAAUCAGACCAGAUGGAUGAAGUUGAGAUGGAGGAUAUGAUGGAAGAGCCUGUUUUGGACAUUGACAUCUCUGAUGCAAAUGACCCUCUUGCAGUUGCUGAAUAUGUUGAUGAUCUUUAUGCUUACUACAGAAAAGUUGAGAGUACUGGCUGUGCCUCACCAAAUUAUAUGGCUGAGCAAUUUGACAUUAAUGAAAGAAUGAGGGCCAUACUGAUUGAUUGGCUUAUUGAGGUGCACGACAAAUUUGACCUGGUGCACGAGACAUUGUUUCUCACAGUUAAUCUUAUAGACAGAUUUUUGGAAAAGCAGUCCAUGGUAAGAAAGAAGCUUCAGUUAGUUGGUCUAGUGGCAAUGCUUUUGGCAUGCAAGUAUGAGGAAGUUUCAGUGCCUGUGGUUGGAGAUCUAAUUCUUAUAUCAGACCGAGCAUACAGUCGGAAAGAAGUUCUUGAAAUGGAGAAGUUGAUGGUCAACACAUUGAAGUUUAACAUAUCUGUGCCAACUGCAUACGUUUUCAUUAGAAGGUUCCUAAAGGCAGCUCAAGCAGACAGAAAACUUGAGCUGCUAGCUUUCUUUUUGGUAGAGCUAUCUCUAGUAGAAUAUGCAAUGUUGAAGUUCCCUCCUUCUCAGCUAGCUGCAGCUGCUGUCUAUACCGCUCAGUGUGCUACCUAUGGUUUCAAACAGUGGAGUAAGACAUGUGAAUGGCACACCAACUACUCAGAAGAUCAACUAUUAGAGUGCUCCAGUUUAAUGGUUGAUUUUCACAAGAAGGCUGGGACAGGGAAACUUACAGGGGCACAUCGGAAGUAUUGCACAUCAAAAUUCAUCUUUACUGCAAAACGUGAACCAGCAAGUUUUCUUCUAGAGAACUAG